CAGAACUUGAGGAGGUUAGCUGCUUAUCAUAUAUAAAAUCAAAAUGCAAGUACAAAUCAUUCUUGGAUUCGCCUUACUGGUGUGCGCUUGCGCACAAGUGUCUCAACCACCUUCUUAUAAAGAACGAUACCCUGAUUAUUACAUGCUCGCGAAGUCGGCUCGUCAUCCACGCGACGUUACUUGGAUCAAGAGAACCGGUGACGGAAGAAUAUUUGGUACCCUCGGUAACACAGAGGAUAUGCUUUUUGGCAAAGCUGGUUACAGGCAAGAUAUAUUCAAUGAUGCUAGGGGUGUAUUGAAAGCUGAAGCGUAUGGUUCACGCGUUCUGAGCCCAAGCGGCGACAACAGUUAUUUUGGAGGGAAAUUAGAUUGGACUAACGCUAACAAAAACGCCGACGCCACUUUGAAACUGACAAAACAAAUCGGUGGUGGAACGAACGCUGCAGCUGCUGCUUCUAAAGUCUGGAAUAUAGACAAAAAUACUCACGUAUCAGCUGGAGGAACUAUCUCCCAAGACUUGGGUCAUGGCAAGCCUGACGUUGGUCUAGCAGCCAAGUUUGAACACAUUUGGUGAUAAGAAACACUUUAGAUUUUUUGUUGUUAUGUAACAUUCUUAUAUCGGACUAGUCAUUGUUGUAAUUAAAUAUUAAAUGAUAUAAUUUUAA